CUAUAUCUUCCACUUAAGUUACACAAGAUUUAAGGGUAUUCCAAAGUCCCUAAGCAGUGAAACGCAAAUAUGCAAUGCAGUGAAAAUUGUUUCCGCUCCGCUCUCCACUGUCAGUGUCAUGGUGGAGCUUCCCAAAUCCCUCUCUUCCCACAGUCUUCUCAAGCUGCUCAAAGCUCAGAAGUCCCUUCUCUCUGCCCUUAGCCUCUUCGACGACGCCACGCGCCGCCCCGGCUUUGUCCCCUCCUCCGCCGUCUUCCACCACAUCCUCCGCCGCCUGGCCACCGACCCCGCUCUCUUCCUCGCCCACGUGCAACGUAUUGUCUCCUCCAUUCGCUGCCCCUGCCACGAGGAGGUGCCCCUCGUCCUCCUCAAAGCCUACGCCAAAUCCCGCAUGCCCGACGAAGCCCUGCACGUGUUCCAAACCAUGCCGCAAGUGUUCGGGUGCACCCCCACCGCACGCUCCUUCAACACCCUCCUCAACGCGUUCGUUGAAUCGAACCAAUGGGCACGGGCUGAGGGCUUCUUCAAGUACUUUGAAUCCGCUCGCGUGUUGCCGAAUGUCGAAACCUAUAACGUUCUCAUGAAGGUGUUGUGUAAAAAGCGUGAGUUUGAGAAGGUUAGGGAGUUGCUGACGUGGAUGUCGAGUGCGGGGUUGAGCCCUGAUAAGGUCACUUACGGUACUUUGAUUGGUGCAACGGCGAAGAGUGGAGAUUUGGGAUUUGCGCUUGAAGUGUUCGAUGAAAUGCGUGAGCACGGGGUGGAACCUGAUGUGGUGUGUUAUAACAUGAUCAUUGAUGGGUUUUUUAAAAGUGGGGAUUUUCUGAAGGCGAGUGAAAUGUGGGAGAGGUUGUUGAGGGAAGAGUCGGUGUUUCCCAGUGUGGUGAGUUAUAACGUCAUGAUUAGUGGCUUGUGUAAGUGUGGGAGGUUUGGUGAGGGUUUGGAGAUAUGGGAGCGGAUGAAGAGGAAUGACAGGAGGCAUGAUUUGUUUACGUAUAGUACUUUGAUACAUGGGUUGAGUGAAGGGGGGGAUUUGGAUGGAGCUAGAAGGGUUUACGAGGAGAUGGUUGGACGAGGUGUUAGGCCUGAUGUUGUUACGUGUAAUGCAAUGCUUAAUGGGUUGUGUAAGGCGGGGAAGGUUAAGGAAUGUUUUGAAUUGUGGGAGGAGAUGGGGAACUGGGGUCUGCGGAACGUGAGAAGUUAUAACAUAUUUCUGAAUGGGUUGUUUGAGAAUGAGAAGGUGGAGGAGGCCAUGUCGAUGUGGGGUGGUUUGUCGAAGGCGGAUUCUGCUACGUUUAGUGUGGUGAUUCAUGGUUUGUGUAGGAAUGGGCAUGUGAAUUGGGCUUUGCGGGUGUUGGAAGAGGCUGAACAGAAGGGAGGUGAUGUGGAUGUGGAUGCUUUUACUUACUCGUCAAUGAUAAACGCUUUGUGCAAAGAAGGGAGAUUAGAUGAGGUAAGUGGAGUCGUAGAACUUAUGAAUAAGCGUGGCUGUAAAUUGAACCUCCAUGUUUGUAAUGUGCUUAUUGAUGGGUUUGUUAAACAUUCCAGACUUGAUAGUGCUGUUAAAGCUUUUGGGGAAAUGGGCAGCAAAGGUUGCCCACCAAAUGUUGUGUCCUAUAAUAUUCUUAUAAAUGGAUUACUGAGAGCUGGAAGAUUUCGUGAGGCUUCUGAUUAUGUUAAUGAAAUGUUGCAAAAAGGGUGGAAACCAGAUAUUAUCACAUAUAGUAUGUUGAUAGAUAGUCUUUAUGAGAACAGGAUGGGGGAGGCAGCCGUUAGGUUGUGGCAUCAGUUUCUUAACACAGGGCAUAUGCCUGAUAUUACUAUGUACAACAUUGUCAUUCAUAGACUUUGUUGUUCUGGGAAAGUGGAAGAUGCUCUGCAGCUUUAUUUAACGAUGAGGCAGAGGAAAUGUAUUAGCCUUGUGACUUACAAUACCAUUAUGGAGGGUUUUUACAAAGUUGGAAACUGCAGAAUGGCAUCAAUGACUUGGGAUCACAUCUCAGCAGAUGGGCUACAGCCCGACAUCAUCUCGUAUAAUAUUACUCUUAAGGGGCUCUGUUCUUGUGGUAGAGUAACAGAUGCAAUGGAGGUUCUAAAUGAUGCUUUGGCGCAUGGUGUUCUGCCAACGGCCAUUACCUGGAACAUAUUAGUUAGAGCAUUGAUAUUUUUCUGAUGUGGACUAAUUUUUUAAUAUAAUUUUUUCAGUAUUUUUCCACUAGUUGACAACAUCAGCUACAAGCCUACUAGUAUUAUACUAAAACACAAGUAUUUUACUGGUCUCUCACAGGAAAUGGGAUUCCGGAGAUGUUUAGGUAUGCGACCAAGCAGCAUUUUUGAGCAUGCUUGUCAUAUUACGCUUCCAGAUAGCGUUUUGAAGGAAAUUUAAAGGCCCUGGGCAAACAGCUGCUGGCGAUGGACUACAUCUAAUACACAGGCACAUUACGGUAUUAGGUACUUGGGUGCAAUGCAGCUUGUCUCUAGGAUGCCUAAAUUUUGGAGUUGACUGAACAGAAAAGGUUUCUGAUGACAUCGACUGUUCAUAGAUGAGCUGAGAAACUAAAGCCAGAACAAUAGCUCCAAGAACUGCUUCCUUCCUCCAAUCAGUUGAUGGUGAGGCAAUAGAAUCAACUAUUGCAAAGGUAAGAAGGCCAAUAAAGAAGAGGUAAAUGCCUUUUCUUGUUCUGCUACCAGCUUUUUCUCGGGUUACAUUUUUUAUUUUUUCCGCCUCCUCUUUAGCUUUUGCUAUGUCAACAGGUGCUUUCUUUCUAAGGUUCUUAAAGAAUAGCCCUUCGUUUCUUCCAUCCUCCAUUUGAACUUCAAAUUCAUGCAGUUCCUUUUCGCGCUCCUUAAUCUCUUGUCUGAAGAGUUCUGCAGAUUCCUCAAACUCUACCUUCUGGCUCUCUAUGUUUGCUGUUAUCUGCCGAACACAAAUGAACACAAGAAGAGGUCAUUACUAAAACACCUUUCGCAUGUAGAUUUUUCUUCAUCCUUGCUUGAUGAUUGAUCGGUUAGUGUAUUUGGCACAAGAGACACAGUUUUGCCAAACCAUUGUUUAAGCCUUUUCCUAACCAAAACAAAAUACAAAAUUUCAAUAAAUAGUUAACUCAAAAGUUGAAGCGUACUCUGGCACUAGCUUCAUCUAAUUCUUGGAGGGCAUCUUCUCCAAUCUUGUCAAACUCAGCCUUGGCUUCUUCACCAAAUUUGGCUAAAUAUGCAGAUCUAUCGUCUAGAUAAUUUGUGAGUCGGACUUUUUGAGUUUGAAGAAUGGCAAUUUGUGCUAGCAGUUCUUGUUUACGUAUAUCUCCUGGUUGGGGAGCUUGAGAAUCAGAUUCAUUGGACUUGCAGAGACAUAUAGUAUAACCUUUUGUGUUGAGGAUUCUGCUGCUGUGGAUAUUAUACUUGAUAUUGGUAGGAGUGGAAGGAUGAAUGAAUUUGAGGGCAAUCAUCUUUUCAUGACAGUGGAAGCAUGUGUUUGCAUUGCAUGGGUUGGAAAACAAUCAAGGGAACCAAGGGAGAAAGGGGGCUCUUCAGGACCAGAAUUUUAGUUGCGCAGGCUUCCAGUAUUUUGGACCUCUUGUUUUCUGGACAUUAUCUGUACAAGGGGAAGGAGACAUUUUUAUUAGAAAGAUAGAACUAUGUUAGUACUUUAUCGCACGGUUCAAAUUACGGAUGUUGUGCACAAUCCAAAUCAGACUUAUGAGCCAAAAAAAAUGUAUAUUUUAAUUGAAUUUAUUUUAUAUUCUUAUUCAUGUUUCUUUA